AUGGAUUAUCAAAGUUUUGUUCGGACUGUAGGGCUGGCGUCCCUUCUCGCCAUAGCUUACAACAUCAGCUGGUAUGCCAUUCCUUUCUUUCGGAAGUCGACGCUUGAUCGCUACCUCAAGUCCGUCGACGGAAAGUCGGCUUGGGCGCUGGUCACGGGAGCGAGCGACGGGAUCGGCAGGGGACUCGCCAACGAGCUCGCCCGCAGAGGCUUCAACGUUGUUCUACAUGGACGCAACGAGGCCAAGCUGGAGGGAGUGAGGGACGACCUCGCGCGCAAGCAUCCGAAACGGGAGUUCGGAAUCAUGGUCGGAGACGCGGGAGUGCUGGGCUCAGGGAGCCAGCCGUGGGACACGAUGCUGGCGCCGCUGGAAGGACUCAACCUGAGGGUCCUCGUCAACAAUGUGGGCGGAGGUGGCCCAAUGCCGAUGAUGAAGCGACUGGACGAGGCAUCGAUGGAGGACAUCGCAUCCAUCGUCCACCUGAACGCGCUCUUCCCGACGAUACUUAACGCCAUCAUGAUACCGCGAUUUCGGAGUAGCUCGGAGCCCGGGUUCAUCAUCAAUGUGGGUUCGGUCUCUGACGGGGGCUGGCCUCUACUGUCGUUCUACGCGGGCAGCAAGGCCUAUAUCAGUGCGAUCUCGACGUCCUUGGCGAGGGAACUGAGCAUGGACGGCAUCAACGUGGAAGUCAUGGGGGUCCGCAUUGGGGCUGUAGCCACGAAACCCGAACUUCUGACGCCGGGACUGUUCUGGCCGUCCUCGGAUACCAUCGCCAAAGCCAUCUUGGACCGAGUCGGCUGUGGGCGUGCAGUGCUGGUCCCGUACUGGCCGCACUUGGUACAGAUGCUGGCCAUGGACUCGAUACCUCUCGUACUGAGAAACCCAUUGUUGGAGAUGUUGUUCCGCAGGUUGAGAAUCGAGGAGAGGAGAGUAGCUUCCAAGUUGCAGUGA